AUGGCGAGAAAGAGGGUCGGAACGAGCCUCGACGCGGCAGUCGUUGAUAUUUGGAAACGUGAAGUCGGCGCGUUAUCCACCCGAAACUUCGCCCACCGUUUUGCUGCUUCCGAGGAUCUUAUGCUUCGUCUUGAUAUCCUCCUGAAGCUUGAGAAGCACCGAGGCUGCGUGAACACAGUUAGCUUCAAUGCUGAUGGUGAUGUUCUUGUAUCAGGCUCUGACGAUAGGAGGAUCAUGCUCUGGGAUUGGGAAACUGGUCGUGUUAAUCUCUCUUUUCAUUCAGGCCACCACGAUAAUGUUUUCCAAGCAAAGAUCAUGCCUUACACUGAGGAUCGAAGCAUUGUUACCUGUGCUGCUGAUGGGCAGGUAAGGCAUGCUCAGAUCCUUGAACGAGGAGAAGUGGAGACUAAAUUGCUUGGAAGACAUCAAGGACGAGCUCAUAAGUUGUCCGUUGAGCAUGGAAGCCCUCAUAUUUUUUAUACCUGUGGUGAAGAUGGAAUGGUUCAGCAUAUUGAUCUGAGAACUGGAACUGCUGCAGAACUUUUUACUUGUCAACCUAUCCAGAGCCAGAGAUUUAUGUCCAUCGUCCAUCUAAAUGCAAUUGCAAUAGAUCCAAGAAAUCCUAAUUUCUUAACUGUUGGUGGAUCAGAUCAGUUUGCUCGGUUAUUUGACAUCCGUAAAUGUCAACCUUUUGAUUUCUUUAGUCCCCUGCAUUUAGUUGAUGAUGAUGAUGUGGGAAUAACUGGGGUGGCAUUCUCUGAACAGAGUGAGCUUCUUGUGUCUUACAGUGAUGAGUUCAUCUAUCUUUUCUCUAGGGAUAUGGGACUUGGACCUGAUCCACCUUCUACCUUUCAAGUCUUCCAUGGCAAUGAUUCUGGGUAUACGAGCCCUGUUAAUCAUUCAGUUACAUCUUCAUCAGACAUGGAUGCCAAUAGAAAAGUAUCUCCUGAGGCCUACAAAGGGCAUAGAAACUGUGAAACUGUGAAAGGCGUGAGCUUCUUCGGGCCGAACUCUGAGUAUGUUGUGAGUGGAUCAGAUUGUGGUCGAAUUUUCAUUUGGAAGAAGAAGGGUGGGGAACUCAUUCGUGUUAUGGAAGCAGAUAAGCAUGUGGUUAACUGCAUUGAGUCUCAUCCUCAUGCUAUGGUGCUUGCCAGCAGUGGGAUAGAGAGUGACAUAAAAAUAUGGACUCCUAAAGCUAUUGAUAGAGCUACUUUGCCAACAGACAUUCAAAAGGAUAGAGUCCUGAACUUUACCCCUCGUCUAUUUGGUUUCUUUCCUUCCUUCGGUUUCUUUGACAACGGCGAAAGUGAUGGUGACGAUGAUGAUUAUGUUACUGACGACGAAGACGAAGACGAAGACGAAGAUGAAGAUGACGAUGAGGUUGAGACUGAUGAGCCGGAAGAAGAGGAAGAUAGGGAAGAGGACAAUAGUGAUGAUUUUAUUUUCCUUCGAGAUAUUGAUGAACAUGAUAAUGAAAUUGAUGGUUCAGAAGAUUUAUACGACGAUGAGGAAGAAGAUGCCAGUGAAAGCGAGGAGAUUGACGAUGAUAAUGACAGUGCAGAUUCUGCAAAGACCCAAACCAAAAGCUUGAACUUACCACACAGUUUCUCCUCUGGACCUGCUGUUGCACUUGUUUUCCCUGCAAAGGAAACGGAGGACAAGCGCAGAGGGCAAUGUGGAGAAUUCAGAUGUGUGAUAAGAUCGGCUGCAGCUGCUUCUCACAUGUAA